GUGAUGUGCGAUGAACUGGUUCCUUUUAGCCUGACUCACUGGGUUUGUUUGAUAACUUCUUGUUCCAGUAUUAGAAAAGAAGGGGCAGCAGACCUGCGACAGAGAAAGAAGCAAAACUGCACAGAAUCUGACAAAAUGGCUCCAGAGGAGAGAAACAAAGAAAACUCAAAGCUGGGAAGAUCGCCAAAAUAUAUGUUAAUUCAGCGUUUUGCGAAACUUUUCUUUGGCUGUCUUGCGGCAGUCACUAGUGGAAUGAUGUAUGCUGUGUACCUCUCAACAUAUCAUGAACGGAAAUUCUGGUUUUCCAGCAGGCAGGAACUUGAACGAGAAAUUACAUUUCAGGGUGACAGCGCCAUUUAUUACUCAUUCUAUAAAGAACUGCUAAAGGCUCCUUCCUUUGAAAGAGGUGUUUAUGAGUUGACACACAACAAUAAGACAAUAUCACUGAAGACGAUAAAUGCAGUCCAGCAAAUGACUUUGUACCCAGAGUUGAUUGCCAGUGUUUUAUAUCAAGCAUCUGGUAGCGAAGAAGUUAUUGAACCAGUGUAUUUCUACAUUGGUAUAGUUUUUGGACUGCAGGGAAUUUAUGUGACUGCAUUGUUUGUAACCAGUUGGGUUAUGAGUGGGACUUGGCUGGCAGGAAUGCUGACUGUAGCAUGGUUCAUUAUUAACAGGACAGAUACAACAAGAAUUGAUUACUCCAUACCAUCAAGGGAAAAUUGGGCUUUGCCAUAUUUUGCAUGUCAAGUAGCAGCCCUCACAGGCUAUUUAAAAAAAAACCUAAAUUGUUCUGCUGAGAAGUUUUGUUACCUUUUGGUGAGUGCUUCAACAUAUACCUUCAUGAUGAUGUGGGAAUACAGUCAUUAUCUCCUGUUUGUCCAGGCUGUUUCUCUUUUUCUGCUAGACAGCUUUGCCCUGGCACAGACAGAGAAGGUGCAUGAAGUAUACAAAAUCUACUUGUUUUCUCUCUUCUUGGGGUACCUUUUGCAGUUUGAAAAUUCAGCCUUACUAGUGUCACCAUUACUGAGUCUUGUAGCAGCUUUAAUGCUUUCUAAAUGCCUUCAGAUGAAUAUGAAAAAAGGUACAUUUAUGUCAAGAUUGCUGAAAAUAAUGUACAUUUAUUUGGUACUUACAAUAACAGUGACACUAAACUUCUUACUAAAGAUGUUUGUUCCUCAUAAAGAAAAUGAGCAUUUGCUGAAGUUCAUUGAAGUAAAACUUGGCUUAAACACAACUAAGAAUUUUACAAUGAAUUGGCUCCUUUGUCAAGAAUCUCUUCAGGCACCCUCCCAAGACUUUUUUUUGCGACUAACACAGUCAUCACUGUUGCCUUUCUAUAUUUUAGUAUUAAUUAUCUGCCUUUUUUCUGUAACUCAGGUCAUUUUUAGGAGAAUUUGUGGUGAACCACUGAAAGAGACAGUUAAACUUGAGGAUGGUCGAAUUGGAGAGAGGCCAGAAAUAGUUUAUCAUGUAAUUCACACAAUUUUACUUGGUUGUCUAGCGAUGUGUUUGGAAGGAAUGAAAUAUCUAUGGACACCUUAUGUUUGCAUGCUUGCUGCAUUUGGUGUGUGCUCUCCUGAACUUUGGAUGACGCUUUUCAAGUGGCUUCGACUGAAAGCUGUGCACCCGAUAUUGCUGGCUCUUAUUCUGAGUAUGGCAGUUCCCACAAUAAUUGGAUUCAGCUUGUGGAAAGAGUUUUUCCCUAGGAUAAUGACAGAGCUUUCAGAACUACAAGAAUUCUAUGAUCCUGAUACAGUAGAACUCAUGACAUGGAUAAAACGACAGGCUCCUGUGGCUGCUGUGUUUGCAGGCAGUCCACAGUUGAUGGGUGUGAUUAAGCUUUGUACUGGAUGGAUGGUGUCGAGCUUGCCUUUAUAUAAUGAUGAUGAUCUUCUAAAAAGAAAUGAAAAUAUUUAUCAGAUCUAUUCAAAGAGGUCAGCAGAGGAUAUUUAUAAGAUACUCACAUCUUACAAAGCCAAUUUUCUGAUUAUUGAAGAUUCAAUUUGCAAUGAAGUGGGACCUGUAAGAGGAUGUAGAGUUAAAGAUCUAUUGGAUAUUGCUAAUGGUCAUGUGGUUUGUGAGGAAGGCGACAGUUAUGCCUACUCAAAAUAUGGACGAUUUUGUCAUGAAAUCAAAAUGAACUAUUCUCCAUAUGUGAAUUAUUUUACUCGGGUAUACUGGAAUAGAUCCUAUUUUGUAUAUAGAAUCAACACUGUGAUAUCCUUCCAGUUAUGAAAAAGCAUGCAAGCUUCUUUCUGAGGAUUGAUUGUGAAUGAAAUUCAGUUGGAAAAGUUCCUUUUGAUCAAGGAAGUUAUUUUUGCAGAUACAUGUGCGCACAUGCAGUGUAUUGACAACUUUAUUUUACCAAACUGGAAUUCUUUGAACUACAGAUCAACAGACAGAUACCAUCCUUGAAGGAAAUGGGGAAAUAUGUCAAUUUUACAGUCUCUACAAAGUGUGACAGUCUUCCACGUUUUUGCAUUUUUCUUCCCAUUAUAAAUCAUCUUAAUCUUCAUGUAAAUGAGAUUUCUAACUUUAGUGUUAGAGAGCUGGUGUGGGUAGACUUCAGUAAACGCGGAAAAAUUACUUAAAGAGCUCAUUCAAGUCAUACAGCUUUUAUUUUCUAGCAAGAAAGCAAUCGGUAUCCCGAGUCUUUUCAAGUAAGUGUUUGGGUUUUUUGUGUUUUUCUUGUUUUAAUUCUUCCUGUCUUCCACCGUAAACAUUUCAAUGUUUAUCAAACACACAUUCAUACAACUUAUGUGUAGCUAUAGUGUCUGUAUAAAUCAAAUAAGGAAGAUUUUAUUUAAACAACACUUCCAUAGAUUAAGGCACUGAUCUCUACAUUGUUAGAGACACGUUGGUGGAAGUGCUUGGACAUAGGCCUAGCAGUAGGAGUUGACAAGGUCAGAUCUUCAGUUUGGAAAGAACUUGUCUUCAGGAUUUUUCCAUGCUUAAAUGUGCAUGUGUGUAUGCAUACGUGUGUCUUAGCAGCCAUCAGAAUGGGCCAGUAUACAACAGUAUGCCAUACUUGUUUUUAGACAAGUGUAGCAGGACAACUAGGUUUGCUACUGAGACUUCUGCACUUCUGUUUCACCCUCUCUGUGUGCGUGCUGGUAUAUAUGUGUGUGUGUAUGGGGAGGGAUGGGUGAUACUCAUUUCAUUCAACUUACUAUGUGAUAGUUAUAUUAAGAGAGUGCCAUAACUGUAAUUUAAAACACUAUAAUCACCGCCAUUUAUAAAUAAUGGUACAGUUGUUCAUAGCUAUUUUUAUAUCAAUUAUGCAACUACACUGAGAUCUUUGAAAAUUUGGGAAAGUACUCUGCAAUCUUGCUUCCCUCUACAAUUUGUCUUCCUUAUAUGACCCCCUUUGCCUCUACAACUAUUUUUCUUUACAAAUUAUCUGUUCAUCCUGUUUGUUGCUGGCUGAUACACUUUCAAGAGAACAAAUGAUGCUUUAAUUCCAACUCUGGGCCUAAUCCUGGUGUUGUGAAUGGAGGAUCCAGUAAAAGGUAACGGUAACUUUGCUUACGUAGGUGUAGCUGAACAAAAAGCCAGGACGUAAGUUUUGGAAGAGGUUACUCACCUGUUAGGAGUUACCUGCCACUAUGGAUUCUUGUAACACCUGGCCCAGAGACCAGUCUAUCAGGCACGUGGGAAUGAUUCUUUGGAGCCCAGAUGUCUUUAAUGAAGGAUCUGGCAUAAUAGGAUGAACCUUCAACUGAAAAAUCUGCAGAACCAUUCUGCAAAUAAAAGCUGCAAAACAAUCCUUACCACACUUGUUGAUAAAAUGCAAAUUCAGAGAUUUUUAACUCUGAAAUUAUUAGGAACUGCAGCAUGUUGGUGUAUAUGCGUGAUUCCUAUCUGCUCUAUGCAGGUACAUUUGCUUACUUUACACUAACCGGUAGUGCUAAGAUUUUUUUUAAAACCUAUUAUCACUAUUGGAGUGACUUAAAAGAAAAAAGCUUUAUUGUUGUAAAAGUCAACAUGUCUGUAAUCUGUUUUUUACUUUCAGUUACAUUUUUAGGCCUACGAGUCUUGACAAGAUGUUAAAUUAUGCAUUUUAUUUGAAACCAAUGUUCAGACAAAUCCAUCAAAAGUGCUGGAUGUGAUCAGAGAGAAACAUUUAUCAGUAUAACCGAGUUACAAGUUAAAAGUAAAUAUUCUUUCUGGGGAUACAGACAUCGUGUUGAGGGUAGUGUGUAUGUGUGGCCAAAUGCAGUCUGCAUUUAUUUGCUUAUGGACAAGUGCAUCUGUUUUACUGCACUGGACUGUUUCAGACUUUUCAAUUACCGUAUAACAGCAGAAACUCGUGUAUUAACUUGAGCUAUGGCACGCCUGCAGGAACCUUUUCUGUAUGUGCUAGUAUGGAUGUAGAUGUAAUAUUUGGAAAUAAGUUUAGAGUUCCUUAUACAAUUUAAGUUUGUUUGAAUCACUGUCAAGGAAUUAUAUGUCCGUGUGUCAGUCAUUUACUCGCCUGAAGUUAAUCAUUCAUGAAUACCAUUUCAUAACAGCAAUAAGGUAUUCCAGGUAGCAAACUUCAGGGUUACAACCGCACUUGGGUGGAUGAAGUCACAUAGCUUACGGCUUCAUGCCUUAGACUGCCAUGCCAAGAUGCAAUAUUUAACUAUCCUUGACUGCCUGUUGUGUUUUACCACAAUGCUGUAUGUAUGUGUUACCACAUAGAACGUAGUUUGAAUACUUACAUGUAGAGCACACAUGUUAAGAAAAACACCAACGAGGCUAUCCGUACAUCUGAAGAAAACUGUCUUGUAGCACGUUGGCCUUUAUACAUGUUUAAACGAACAUGUCGAACUUUAUUUGAACUGUGACAUAGUUGUUGUUACUAGUUUUGUCAUAGUUUUUAAGAUGUAUUCUUGAUACUUCAAUUGAUUCUGCUUUAGGAGAAUCAUUUAAGAUUUUUACCUUGCUUUUUAUAUUAGAGAAAAUUGUACUGCAGCACCAUUGGCACAGCAGCCUUAAGUAACAGAAGGAGCCUUUUAUGUGGGAGAAACAUUGCUGCUGUUCCAGUAAAAAGGCAUCAUUUUUAAAAUGAGUGACUGGAAGAAUCAUAUCUUACAAAGAAAAUGAUAAGCUUUAAUUUCUUAUCUAGCUAUGAAUUAGCAAAAAUAUUAUUGUCUAUUCUGAUCUCCACCUUCUGUGAAAAAGAAACAGUAAGUUUCAUGAUAUCCCUCAGGAGGACAAUAACAGGGCAUAAUUACGUCAGACUUGUACACACAACCCUCGCUUGGUUUUCAACCAGGUCACAGGUUUAACUCCCUGAAAGGGCUGGGGGAACGUUUUGCAAAUCUUGCUCUGUUUUGCUGUAGAAGUUGCAAUUCAGUUGAAACAUGUGCCUUGCAAGCUUUUAUUAAACAAACAAAAAACUCAGUUUGUGUUUCUUUUUGUGAAGAUUUUUUUUUUUAAAUUUCUGUCCCUCUGAUUUGUAGAGCUUUCAUUGGGUCUUAAUACCCCUGCCUCCGAGGAUGCUUGUGCAGUAAGUGGUGCAGCUAGGAUGUAUGCCAGCCAUCUGAUUAACAGCUGUUCACUGGGAAGAAUGAGAAUUUGCACAGUAAUUCGUGUUGCUAUUUUGCUGGCUUAUUUCCUCCACAUUUCCAGUUUCUGAUAUGCUUGAUCUUAGGAAAUGCAAAAAAAUUACCUUGAAAGAAUAAAUUGAAUAUAGUAUUUUCAGGCACUCACCUGUUACCGUUAGACUUGUGGAUUAAAGUUUAAUCAAGCCACAGCUAAACUGACAUGUACAGUUUUGUCUUAAUCUUAAAAAAACACUCUUUCGCUUCCUAAAUUACCACAUGCUUGAACUCAGUUGAUCAAUUUGCCAGGAGAUAUCUGAGACUAAUUAAGUAAAGGCAUUUCAGAACGUAAGCUUCUACUCAUAUUAUUUAAAAAAAUACUGGUUUUAUUUCUUCCAAAAUAAAUGGAAAUACAAUUUAAUACAAUACAAUCUUAAAUACAAUUUCCAUUGGGGGGGGGUAAGGAGGAGAUACACAAGUAUGGAAGAAAGAGGGCCAAAAGGUUUAACAGGCAUUGAAAAUCCUUCAAACUAUUUGCUCUGGUGGCAUUACUGUUUACUGAAAGGUGGAAGGUUAGGGACCAACUCUUGUUCUUGCCACCUUAUUUUUACAAAGUCAUCUGCAAAUGUCCAAGUCUUGUGACCCUUCAUCAGCUUUCCCAUGCAAUUCACAUGAAUAGGAGCUGCAAGAUCAGGUCGCAGGGAUUGUAAGCUGUCAUUGAAACACUUCUUAGUGACUGCCAUUAACUACGUAUAACGUAUUCUUUAACCAAAAAUCUAACAGGAGAAAGCGUAGGCCGUUUUUGUGAAUGCAUGGGCACGCGUGUCGUAUUUGCAUUUAGAGAGGUCUGUUUUACUGUUGUGAUUUGGAGAUGUAAUGAGUGACUUCUGUUAUCACUAAUGGUGGUUGAAUCUAUAAAUCUCCUAAAUAUUGACGGGCAGGUGGACUCUAGAGUAUGAUGGUAUUAGAGAUGAAAGAAAAGCUGAGUUUAUUCCAACACAAGCAAUAUUUCAUGUGAAAUAAUACCUCAACAUAAAUCUGUAUAAUUGUGCCUCUGGUACUCUUUUUAAAACUUAACUUUAGGGGGAAAAAAGAAAGUGAAAAUUCUAAAACAUGCAGUGUGUGUUAUUUUAGUAAUCAUUUCUACAUCAUCGGUACAGCUAAAAAGACGGUAUCACCAUUGUGUUGCUGCACUCUUACUAUGCCAAAUGCAGGGCUAGCGAUGCUUCAAGGUCUUCUGAACUGUUUGGUACCUCAACUGGAUGUUUAAAUUAACCUGGCAAUGUUUUCAACUUCAGUGCAGUUAAACGUAUGUCAUUCUGCCUUUCAAGUGAUGUUUAGGGUUACUUAUUUAUUUGGUGGAGAAGAGGUGGGUGUUUAAUGCCUUUCAGCGUUCCAAACUUUGUUACUUGAGUAAUGCAGAAGAAUAUUCGUGGUGCUUUACUUGUUAACAGUGACAUUUAGCAGUAGUGUGUAUGGCAUAUGGAGGUAUCUAUGUGCAGAUAUAUAACAACAGAUCUAAGGAAUCCAAUUCCUUUUAUCCUGUUUGUUGUCUUGGACAGUUUUUUUUAUCAAAAUAAUGUAUAUACAGUAAAUAUUUUGCUCUUGUGACAAACUUUUGCGGGAGGGGGGGGGGCGCGGUGCGGAUUGUAAUAAAAGCCAAGUCCAGAAAGUACGGAUUGUUUGGGACACAAACCCUUUCAUGCUUUCUUUUGAGAAGUCUGAUACCCUUUCGCAAAAAACAUGUAGUUCAUAAUGAAUUAACCUCCUUCCUCUGUUGUGGUAAUAAAAUGAUUUUUUGUAUUCUGUUGUAUUAUUUGCAUAUGCAAUUUUCAGUCAAGUGAAGAACCGUACAGCAUAGCUCAGAUACCUGUCUUGACGGGGCAGCAUAAAUACUCUUCCAGCUCUUGAGGAUUAGCAGCCUGCUCAGGCUGGAUCCGUGUGUCAUGCUGACUGUGACUACCUGUUGCGACAUACUGGUAUGAGGGUGAGCGGCAAAAUAUGAGGUGCUUCAUACGGAAUUACUGAACUCUGACUUUCUGCCUAAAGAUCCUCCUACAGCAAGCAUGUCACCUGGAAAUAAAUUGCU